UACCUAGGUCUAUAAAUUUAUAUUUUCAAAUUUCAAAUUUGCUAUCUUGGCAUCCUUAAGUUUAUGCCUGAACUGUCCCCAAUAUGUGAAGAUGUGGGUGGUAAUGUGAUAGUGAACUGUCCCCUCUGCCAUUUCACUUGUGCGUCAUAUCUAUAACUGUCGGACCCACACCAUAUGCUCCCAAGGUCAGUCAAGGAUGUUUAGCGGAGGCUAGAGGUGAAGUUCAGAUAGGCGAGAGGACAGCUUGGUUGUAAUGGACAGACAUUCCUCCUGGUUGUCCAUCUUUCUGGGUUAGAUGUUGGAGGUAUGCUUGCACGCGUAGCUGUUUCGGCCUCCAGCAAGUAGUCGCCAAUAGCCUUUAUAUACAGUAGAUAUUAGUUCUAAGGACACAAGAUGGCUGCUGAUGACUACUACGAGAUUCUAGGCGUCCCUAGAAGUGCUACGCAAGCAGAUAUCAAAAAAGCGUAUAGAAAACAGGCAUUGAAAUGGCAUCCAGACAAAAACCCAGACAACAAGGAAAACGCUGAGAAAAAAUUCAAGGAAAUCGCAGAAGCAUAUGAGGUGCUGUCUGACAAACAAAAGCGAGACAUCUAUGACAGAUAUGGGAAGGAUGGGAUCACAGGGAACACUGGGGGAGGCAGCAGGGGAGGGAGAGGAGGAGGAGCGAACUUCAACUUCGAGGACUUCGAAGCGGCCCCAGGCGGGUCCUUCCACCACUUCACCUUCAGAGAUCCCGAGGAAGUCUUCAGAGAGUUUUUCGGAGGUGCUGAUCCCUUCGCUGACUUCUUCAACGACGACUUCUUUGGAGGAGGUGGUGCUCCCACACGAGGCUAUGCCUAUGCCUCUCCAUUCUCACUCUUUGGAGCGCCCGGUUUCGGGGGUAGACACAGCGGCGGUCGCCACAUGGCUCGUCGCGCCGACCCCAACCCUGACUCCGGUCCCGAGGAACGGUGGGACUGCCCGGCGUGCACCUUCAAUAAUCACGAGCUCAUGGACUCCUGCGAAAUGUGUAGCGAGCCUCGGCCGCGCAAACGGGGUCGCAGCUCUCGCACCUCGCGGUCCCGUCACGCUCACGGCGCCGGCAGCACGACGCUCUUCCAGGACAACUUCCCAGGAUUCUCCUUCAACUUCGGCUUCGGCGGUAGGAGCGACCCAUUUGCGGACGGCGGAUAUCCCACACAGAGACAUAACUCAAAACUACCGCCCAGAGUCCCGCCCAAGCCUAAAAAGUACCGCUCCCUGUGCUAUCACACCCCUCCAGUUAAGCGGAGACAACAACAGACGUUUGUUUCCAAUAUGGUUAUUCCGUCGGUAGAAAACUCGUCCAUCGAGAGACCGCAAACGUGGUCGACAUUAUACCACAUGCCAUCUUGCUCAUCGCUUAGUUUUGACUUCAACCACCACUUCAUGCAGGCAGCUCCACAGCCAUACGCCAGACCAGGGGGGUUCACAUCUUUCUCCAGCUCAUCGUUUGGGGGCAGCGGCAACCGGGGAGGGAACUUCAAGUCAACCUCAACGUCCACUAAGUACGUCAAUGGGAGGAAGGUCACGACAAGAAGGAUAGUGGAGAAUGGUGUAGAGACUGUGGAGGAGGAGGUGGAUGGACAGAUCAGGUCCAGAAAGGUGGACGGGGAGGAGCAGCUGGAGAGGCUGACGUACAACUAGUGCCCACAUUCCUGUUCUGAAGUGUAUGACCACCAGCGGCUGUGCCAUGUUGUCUCAUCCCGCCGCACGCUGUGUGAAUGACCGUGUGUGAAUGUCAACAACAACAGAAACUACAGCAAUACCUGCUAACACAGAACAUAGAAAGUACUUACCAUACAGUGUAGGAACCAAGUAGUUAGCUAGUAUACCAAGCGAGCAUUCAUUGUAGUACAUUUGUAUUAGACUAUGUUGCCUUGGACCAAUCCUUACUAAUAGGGAUGACUCUGUCACUUCAGUAGCCUUAAAUAAAAGAUUUUGCUUCUUUAAACUGCUAUUUUCACAUGGUGGUUGUGUGUACAUGUAUUGUACUUUCACCAAAUGAAGUAAACUUCAAGAAAACUAUUUCUAAGAAAGGAGUAUCUUCUGGAAGAAAGCCAUUGCUGUACUGUACUGUCUCCGUAUCAGAUGUACAUAUUUAGGUGACUGUGUGUUUGAUAGUAGACCAGCAUAGACAGUGCACAAAAUAAUGCUGAAAACUUAAAAAAACAAGUAUAACCAUUGGUGUGGAAGGAAGGUCACAGAAGAAAGGCCUGUCCCCACCUCGCAAGCAAUGGAACAAUCCAGAAAUCAAGAAAGUUGUUUUGGAACAGUCCAUUGUUAUAAAGUGGAAUCUAACUUGUAUCUGCUAUCACUGACUUGGGUAUCUUAUGGGUGCUUUAUAGUAUUUGAUACAGGACUAUAAUCUAUUGGUUUCCCUAUUUAUGCACAUUUUGUUAAGGUUGUAAGAAAAUAUGUAUAAGCAAGUAUAUAUUGUAACUAUCUGCGCUAUGCUGAAUAAUACAAGCUUAGUGCAGAUUGAGUUGGUUCAAGCUUUUUGAUUUUAUUCUGUCUAUUCAGGGAUUGGUUUGAAAUUCGAAAUUUCAAACGUAGACUGCUCAAAUGCAGCCCGCACAGGUUAUAUAAUUACAUGAUGCAUACAUAGGUAAGUACAUGUAACACUGACUCCGAUGAGUUUUGACAAAAAUUUGUAAGUUUUGAGCUUCUUAAUGCUUAAUGAUAGAAGUAUAUGCAUCUCUUCAUAAUCAGUGUUAUUUCUGCUACACAAAUUUAUAAUUAGGAAAUCUCAAAAUUGAAAAUAUAAUUCCUCUGGAUUCAGUACAUUCAACAGCACUGGACAGCUUUUUGUAUUUGUCAAGUAAAGUUGAGUUUGUUUCAAAAUGCUGUCAUUGGGUUACUGGUUUUACUUUGUUGAUACAUGUAUGGUAAUGUCAGACAAACAUUGUACCUUUCAGAAAUGUAUAGCACAUGAUUUCUGCAACUUCAAGAAUGAUUUCGGACAGUAAGUCAUAACAUUGAUAGAUAUCCUGGUGUUUGGACAGAAUAUCUCUUUGCAUCUUUGUUUUUACACUGUUAAAGACAUUAUAUUGGUGUAAGGGAAAGCAAUAGGAUUAUUAUAAUUUUUUGUUCCAAACAGCAAUUGUAUUGUCCUAUGAUGGUAGGGUACAGGAAAGAUAGACUUGUAUGAUUUUGAUAAAGGGUACUAGGGAAAACGGGGGAACAAAGAAAUAAAAGAAUGGCAGCAAUGACA